AUACGCAUGCGCAUCCGCCAUUAUAAUUUGUUAUUAUGAUGAUUAUUAUGUCAUUUUGGUAAAGAAUCACCUGGCAAAUUUACAGGUCUUGAUAAUAUAUAAAAAUUUAAUUUAAUAAAUAAAAUAACAAACUUCAAAAUGUCACAUGAAGGUGAAAAAUUAACCGGUAUCCAUAAAUUUUUAAACAGUACGACAAUGGAAGGUCGUGCAAAUGUUGCAAAAUUAACACUUGGUGUUUUGGGUCUUGGCAUUGCAUAUUUGGUAUUUAAACCAAAAAAAACAAAAACUCCAACUCAAUAAGAAAUAUCAAUCAUCGGGAUGUAGCCUAUCAAAUGAUGUAAAUUAUGUAACAACAUCUAAAUUUUCUUUUUGUCUCGUCAAAAAUAAAUACUUUACCGAUAUUAA